GUAGCCUAUAGAUUUGUGUCGAUAGAUACAAUGUUGUCUAUUCUAUGCCGAGAGAGACACACCUGUGUGUGUGUGUGUGUGUGUGGGUGUGUGUGGGUGUACGUCUAUCUUAUCUAAUACAUGUGUGUCGUCUGUUGAUCCAUCCAUCCAUCCAUCUCAAUGCAGGUGUGUGUGUGCGUGUGCGAGCGCAUCAGAGAGAGAGAGAGAGUAUGCGUCAGUCAUUAAUGUCAGCCACGAGACAGUAAUUCACCGGGAGGGAGGGAGAAGGAGAGAGAUGCUGUCGAUAUGAUGUAUGAUGUUCUAGGGGGAGGGGUGGGGGGGCGUUUUGGUCAAGGUCAGUCAGGCAGCCAAGCAAGCCACCAAGUUGGCACGUCCAUCGGUGUUGGUGUGUGCCUUGUGUACGUCAGUCACGUCAUGCAGCAAGUACAGUACGGUAGAGGCAGGCAGGGCAGGCAAUGCAGUACACACAACUCCUUUUUCCUUUCUCUCGCAGCGUCCAGCCAUCCAUCCAUGGGACGCUAGAAUGGGUAUUUGUUGAGACGGACGUGCAAUGGGUGGGUGUGGGUACCUGUCACACACACUCACUACUACUCACUCACACACACACUGCAUGUCGCCACCCAUGCACACCACUCACUCGGAAGAACUGGGAGGGAGGGAGAAUUCCCUCUGCCUGCUACUGACUGACUGCACGGUAUGAUUGAUGAUGGUGCGAUGCAUGACAAGAGCUGAUGGAUUGUAUACGAGAUUUAUUUAACACACACAGUUCACAACCCAUACAAGCUCUACCUACGCAUGUAUGUGUCUGUCAACCAACGAUUAAUCGUUUCCUCACACCCCUCAAGCCAUUCACCGCAAACACACCACACACACAUCAGGUGUGCACACACAGGCAGGCCUUUGAGCCCACUACUACGUACGUAUCCGCCCCUGCCCACGGUCCCCCACCGCCCCCCUCGCCAUGCCAUCAUCAAUCAUCCUCCUGGCCUUCGUCAGCCCACGACGGUGUGUGCGCCGCAGUGCUGCCCGCCGUGGCCGGCUGGGUGGUCACUGCAGGCGACAUGCGUGGCCAAGGCGACGGACCCGCACCACCCCCACCCCCACCAACCUGGGUACAAGAGAGAGGGGACGUGCCCUGAGUGCCUUCAUGUGUGUGUGUGUGUGAACUGACCAGUUUGGUCGGUGACAUCAUCAUGUUCAUGUCUUGGAUGUCUUGUGUCUGUUCGAGGAGCAUGGCCUUGACCUCGGGCAGCUUGCCGGCUUCUCUGCGGAAGCAGUCGAAGCACCGGGGGGCGGCAGACAGCUCAAUCAGCUGGCGAUGGUCGAAACGCUCGGGGCCUGCCACACACACACAGAGAGAGAGAGUGGAGGGCAGAGAGAGACAUUUGUGUGUGUGGGGAAGGAAGGUUGCAGACAGACAUACAAGCCAGGUUAGUGAAGGGGUCGGCGGGAUCCAUAACGAGCGGCCGCUGGGCCAGCAGCGGACCCCAGAUGUCACCGUACUGCACUCAACACAGUAUGGGAUGAGUGUGUCUCUCCCUCCCUCUCUCCAUCUCCCCCUCCCUCACUCACCUCGUAGGCGGCGAGCUUCGCACUCUCCGGCAACUGCUGCUGCUGCUCCUUCUGGUGUGCAGUAUCAGUGUCGUUGUCAGCCCCCCAUGUGAGGUUGAGUGACGCGAAACCUCGACACACCUCAAACACUCCUGCCACCACACACAACAGACUCCCCUGCAAACACACACACACACAGAGAGAGAGAGAGAGAGAUGAAGAGAGAGAGUAGACUCGCUGCUUUGUGGCCUUUUUCGUGCGGAUUGCCUGCUGCUGCUGCUGCUGUUGCUGUUGCUGUUGCUGCUGCUGCUGGUGGUGCCGUAGUUGGUGUGCCGCAUGUAUGCCGAGCAGCUCCAGCAGGUAGUCCGACGGAGUGGUGAGCGCACUCGACCACGGCUGCCGCGACGACCACAGAUGCACCAGACGCAUCGCCUCCUUCACCUGCACACACACACACACACGUGGGUGUGGGGGGCAUGGGGGCUUUGGGCGGAGGGGAUGGGGGGCCGGUACAUAUUUGUUUUGCUGUGCGACGAUCUGUGUGGCGUGUUUGGCGGAUGCUGGGGUGAGGUAGUGCCUGAGGUGCUGGGGGGUGUCCCGCACACACGACCACAGCGAGGAGGGCGUCGCAUACACGGGGCUCAGCUGAAUCCUGCACACCACACCACCACGCAACUUUGCUUCUCCCUCCCUCCCUCUCUAGGCCCUUUCCGACCUUAUGUGCAGCGGUCCGGCCUUGUCGAUCAUGUCCCUCUCCUCGUCGCCCAGCCCGUCGACAUCUCUGCGGACGGGCUUCUCCGGCACCAUCUCGAGGCACACACCACUCCCGUCGCCGCCCACACAGAAGUUGCCCGCCUGGUGGGAGGCCAGGUGCACCUGCAAGAUGGCCUGCAGUGUCUCGAGGAUCGACGGCAGCCUGACAGACAGAGAGAGGGGGAGAGAGGGAGAGGGAGAGGGAGGGGUGGGUUUAGGGUGUGUGGGCGAAUGUGAUGGGGCUUGGCUGUACCGAACCGACCAUUUGUGGUGGUCUUUGUGCGGCAGCUGCUUGACCAUGAGGACGAUGAGGGCGUCGGCCUUCUCCAACGUCACCAGACCCUUGCCCACACCCCCACCUGUGUGUGUGUGUGUGUAGAGUGUAACCACCACCAAGACACAGACAGUGCUGUCUCCCGUGUGCUCUGUGUGUGUGUGUAUGUGUGUGUGUGUGUGUAUGUGUGUGGAAGGGGUGGCUAGCGCACCUCUGACGACUUCUGUGACGGCGAGAAACGACUGCGUGGCGAGGAUCUCGCAGAGAGCCGACACACUCGACUGCACACUGCACACAUGGACAGAUAGAGACAGAGGCAGCAAAAGAAAACAGUGCUGUAGUGGAUGUGUGUGUGUGAGUGUGUGUGUGUGUGUGUAUACGUCUUAUAGUGCGCCUUUGACGCAUAUUUGUCGUGGAUAUCGUGGAGAAUGUCGUCGGUCAGCUCCAGCGAAUACAUACGCUGCAGCAGCUGCCUGUGCACACACACACACACACACACAUAUAUACAGAGAGAGAGACACAGACACUCACCUUUUCAUAGCGCCGGGGGACGGCUUCGUCUCACCCACACCGCCACCAGCACCAGCAGCAGGGGCAGGCAGCCUGCACAAGCAAAGCAAAGCAAGGCCACCAUAUCACAUCUAUGGCGGUGUGUUGAUGUCGAUGUGUGUGUGUGGGUCACUCACUUGGUGGUGUCGUCUGUAUCUUUCCCGUCCCCCUCCCCGUCCCCCUUGUUAGUGCGAGUAUCACUGUCCGUGUGGGCGUGUGUGUUGGCGUCAGAACGGACUGGCCUCUGGUGCAGUGCCACCAUGCUGACACAUAGAGAAGCUCAAUUAUCGGCUGUGUGUGAGGUGAGAUGUGAGGGGGUGUGGUGAAAUAUACCCGUUCCCGAUGAGUCUGAAGGUCUGUGGGUGUCGCUUGAAGAGCACUGACGGCCGCACACCCACAAUGGCUGCACGCGCGACACACACAUACAUACACACACACACACAUAGACACGAUGGCUGCACCUUGGACACGUACCACUGACGGGGGUCUUGUGUUUCCUUCUGAAGGUGUCGCAGAGGGCGGACACCUGCACACCAUUACUCGCCCCUGCAAACACCAACACACACACGUAUGCCCCGUGUGUGUGUGUGUGUACCGUGUUGCUCCUCGAUCAGUUUGGCCAGCUCCUUGACGACGGCCGGCUCAUCCUCAGGCACACUGCGAUCAGGCCUCUCACCACCACCACCACCACCGCCACCACCACCGCCACCACCACCGCCACCACCACCGCCACCACCGCCACCAUCAGCAGCAAACUUGCCGUCUGCACACACACCAUACCGAUGCCCCCAACACAUACACACACACACACACACGGACGCGCCCGCCCACCGGUGUGUAUGUGUCUGUGCAGUGACGCCAUCGGGGGCUCAGCGUCGCCCCUGAACUGAAACAGCUGAGGGUUCUCACACAAGUAGGCCGCCGUCGGUGUCCCCAACACACUCGACAAACUGACACACACACACACACACACACAAUCAGCGGGGGAUUUGGCGUGAGAGAGGCGUGUGUGCGCACCUGCAAUGGUGCUCCAGCUCGAAGCGUCGUUCGAGGUCUGCAACGGACAUCGCCCCCUCCGCACCGCUCAAUAUCACCUGCCCCACACACAUCCAUCCAUCCAUCCAUCCAUGGCUCCGGCACACACACGCACGAUUGGGUGUACUGUACUCCUGGACUGACCUGGACGGCCUUGAGCACGUCGCCAUGCUCCCACUGAUACUCACCAUGCCCACUCCCACUCUCACUCUGAUGAUUACGAUCGCCCUCUCCCUCUCCCUCGUCGCCCCCACCACCCUCCUGCAAGUCGCCGUACCCCGGCGGCGGACACUCGUCGUCCACACCCACCCCCACACCCAUGCCACACACCCCCAUGCCCCAGUUCAUAGUGGUGCUGCCAUGGUGGCCACUGUGGCUGCUGCUGUAGGGGGCGAGGUAGGCCUCGGGAGUGUAGGCGUACGGCUGCUGCUGCUGCUGCUGGUGGUAGCUGCACUGGUAGUGGUCAUCCUGCUGCAGGUGGUGGCUGUAGUGGUGCAUGGCUGGGUGUGGGUGUGGGUAAGGGGUGGGCGGGGGGAGUGGGGGCAUGUUCUGCGCCUCUGGGCACCUGACCAACCAUCGGACACGGCACACACACACAUCUUUGCGUUGCGUGUGUGUAGUGAUGUGUUGUGUCUGUUGGGCUAGCUAGGUAGCUACAGGGAAAUGAUGAAGGAGGCGCCCCCUCCGACGGUUCUGGCAACGUUCUGCACGUCAAAUAUAUCGGGCCGCGCCUCGAGCACCUCCAUGAGGGUCAUGGGGUUGCGGGGGUAGGCCUCCUUUAGCGACAGCAUCAAACUCCGACCAUAGUGCGCCGAAUAACUGCAACACCACACCAUCAUCCACCAGAAUGGAUGGAUGGAUGUGUGUGUGUGCAGGGCAGGGCACCGACCUUGCGGCGAGUUGUUCGAUGGCGAGUGGCUGCGGCCUCAGCAGAUCCACCAGCUGGUUUGUCAGAGAGACCGCAUCCGGGCUGAGGUGGGCCGCCAUCCGCAGAGCCACCAUGUCAAACGGGACGCCGCUGGCCGACACAGCC